AUGGUUGUCGUAAAUAACCCGAACAAUUGGCAUUGGACCGAUAAGAACUGUAUAACGUGGGCACGUGAAUACUUUCAAGAAAGAUUGACUGGAUUAAACACAGGUGAUGCUCAAGAUAAGUUAUAUUCGGAGAUCAACAAUGUCACGUCCAUUGAUGGUGAUUGUGAAGUGAACCAACGUAAGGGGAAAGUUAUUUCCUUAUUUGAUUUGAAUAUGGUUUUGUCCAUUAAGGGUCAUGUGGAUUCAGAUUCAUUUGAAGGUAGUAUCAGUGUUCCGGAAGUGGCAUUUGAUUCGGAACGUGAUGAUUAUCAGUUUGAAAUUUCCAUCUAUAAGGAAACUAGCAAAUUGAAUGAGAUAAAGCCUAAGAUUAGAGAGGUAUUAGUGCCUCAAUUAAGAGAUGUGUUUGCUCAAUUUGGCAAAGAUUUACUGAUCGAGAACGGUAACGAUAUCUUAACUUCGAAGGAUAAGGUGAAUUCUAAAUAUACUCAAGCUAACCAAGAGUUAAGUUUUGCAUCCAAGACAGCUGACACGAAAAAGACGGUUCCUGUGACAAAGGGGUCGUCAUCCACUCCUGGGCCAUCCGGAACAUCGACAUCAACAUCGUCAUUCUCCAACGGCGGUGGAAACAUGGCAUCUAUGCAUCUGGAGCCUGCCUUUAAUGUUCCAGCCAUUGAAUUAUACAAGACGUUCCUGGAGAAACAAAGGAUUAUGGCGUGGAGUAGAUCCGUGCUCAUAUACCCUGAAGGUGAAAAGGGUUCGUCAUCUGGUGAACUAAGUAUUGGUGAAAAAUUUGAAUUGUUUGGCGGUAACGUGACGAGUGAACUAAUUGAGAAGAGCGAAGGUGUCAAGCUUGUUUUCAACUGGAGGUUGAAUGAUUGGCGCAAGGGCAACGUUUCACGCUUACAAAUGGAGUUCCAUGAGUCCAAAGAAUACCAUGAGACCAAGAUGCAAGUAACGUGGACGGGGAUUCCUAUUGGCGAAGAGGACCGUGUGCGUGGUAACUUUGAAGAGUACUACGUGAGGUCGAUCAAGCUGACCUUUGGGUUCGGCGCUGUGUUGUAG